AAAUUAAGAAACCAUUUGGCUUUUAUCCAGCAGAGAGAGAGACUCCUUCCAUAGAGAGGGCGAGAGAGAGUCCUUCGAUAAAGGACUGUUCUGUUCGAGCUAAUCGAUUAGAGAGAGAAAGUUUAGAGAGAUAUAGAAGGAUACCUAAUUACAAAUAGAGAUUGCGUUAGAAGGUUACUCGCCGGAAUUUUACGUGGAAUCGCUGGAAUUGGAUGCGAUCCAGCCGGAAAAAGUAUCUACGGUCACCGGGAUAGGUUUGAUCUAUUGAGUUUGAAAUAAGAAGAUUAAAAAAAGGGGGCAGAGAUGGUGAAUUAUAUGGUUGAACGGGCCACGAGCGACAUGUUGAUCGGGCCUGAUUGGGCCAUGAACAUCGAGAUCUGUGACAUGUGCAAUCACGACCCUGCUCAGGUUGAGUCUUAUCUUCUUCAUGUUAGAGUGACAUGAACCCAUGUAGACGCUGUUAGACAUGAAUGGUCAGGUCUACUUUAUCUUCUCUCUAUCUUAAGGACUCUGUUCAUCACCUCCUUCUCAAAAGGCUUUUAAACUGAAGUGCCUUUUCAUGAGUGAUAGUGCACUGACAAGCAAAAGAUGUUGUUAAAGGUGUAAAGAAGCGCAUUGGAAGUAAGAAUUCAAAAGUUCAACUUCUUGCCCUAACACUAUUGGAAACCAUGGUAAAGAAUUGUGGGGACAUUGUACAUAUGCACGUUGCAGAGAAAGAUAUUCUGCAUGAGAUGGUGAAGAUAGUGAAGAAAAAGCCCGACUUUCAUGUCAAAGAGAAGAUACUGAUUCUAAUAGAUACCUGGCAAGAAGCUUUUGGUGGACCAAGGGCAAGAUAUCCACAAUAUUAUGCUGCAUAUCAAGAGUUGUUGCGAGCUGGGGCAGUGUUCCCGCAGAGAUCUGAGAGGUCUGCACCUGUAUUUACACCUCCACAAACACAACCUUUGACAUCUUAUCCUCAAAAUCUGCGCAAUAAUGAGUAUCGGCAAGAGGCAGCAGAGUCUUCUGCAGAGGCUGAGUUCCCAGCAUUGAGCUUGACAGAAAUUCAGAAUGCACGGGGUAUCAUGGAUGUCCUUGCAGAGAUGUUAAAUGCAUUAGAUCCAGGAAACAAAGAGGGACUUAGGCAGGAGGUUAUUGUUGAUCUGGUGGAACAGUGUCGUGCAUACAAGCAAAGAGUUGUACAUCUUGUUAAUUCAACUGCGGAUGAAUCAUUGCUAUGCCAAGGGCUUGCAUUAAAUGAUGAUUUGCAGCGUGUACUUGCAAAGCAUGAGGCCAUUGCUUCAGGAACUCGUGCUCCUACUGCACCUGAGAAACCAAAGCCUGAAUCAGGUGGAGCACUUGUGGAUGUUGGUGGUCCGCUAGUUGAUACCGGAGGCAACAACAAAAAACCUGUUGAAGGAUCUGCUUCAACUUCUGGUGUAAUGAAUCAAUUGUUACUCCCUGCACCUCCUGCAACUAAUGGUCCAACUACUUCAGCAUCUGCCAAUCCAAAAAUGGACUUGUUGAGCGGGGAUGACUUUAGCUCACCAAAGGCUGAUAAUUCACUGGCUCUUGUUCCUGUGGGAGAGCCACAGCCAGCUACUACUCCAUCUCAGCAGAAUGCACUUGCCCUUUUGGACAUGUUUUCUGACAGUAACAACUCCUCUAAUGCUGUCAAUGUGCAGGCUGCCCAUUUGGCUGGAUUAACAAAUUCUUCGACUCCACAAAUCCAACAGCAACAUAAUUUUCAUGCCCCAGAAGCUGGAAUUUACCCAAAUGGAAGUGCCCCAAAUAUGGGAUCACCGCGGUAUGAACAUUCACCAUAUAUGCAAGCCACUGGACCUACCUGGAAUGGUCUGGUUCCUCAGCAGCCGCCCUCACCAGUUUUUGGUGCUCAAGGAAGUGGAUCACUGCCUCCGCCUCCAUGGGAAGCUCAACCAGCAGAUGGCAGCCCUGUGGCAGGAGCUCAAUACCCUCAACCAAUGCAAGUUACUCAGGUGGUUGUGACGCACACACAACCAGUGCCCAGUGGCAUGCAUCCUCAGGGACUGCAGCCUUCAGGGAAUGACCAUUUAGUGGGUAUGUACAUUCAGCCCAUCACAACCAGCCAUCUGUCUGCGUUUAGUAAUCCGGCUAUCCAGAGCAAUCAGUUAGGUUUGCAUCCUCAAGCAGUCCAGGGAGGGCAGUAUAUGGGUAUGCUUCCACAGCCAAUGCAUGGGCAAAUGGCUUCUAUGUAUCCUCAACAUAUGUAUGGCAACCAAAUGGCUGGCUAUGGUUAUGCUCCGCAACAAGGGACACCGUAUCUUGAGCAGCAAAUGUAUGGCCUGAGUGUUAGAGAUGAUAGCAUUGUGAGAAACUCAUCUUACCAGGUUCCCACUUCAUCUUACCUGCCACUUAAGAAGCCUUCCAAGCCAGAAGACAAGCUGUUUGGAGAACUGGUUGACAUUGCUAAAUUCAAGACAACAAAACCUACUCCUGGAAGAGCUGGUAGCAUGUGAUAUCAUGAUUGAUUACUCUGUUUUUCUUUUUCUCAUUUUGUUUCCUAACUUGCUUCUUUUCUGUUUUAUUUUUUUUUAAUUCAAUAUAUAUAAUAUAUAUGCAUUUUUUUUUCCUUUUGGUCUCAUUUGCUCUCAUAUUUGUAGUUUCUGUUUGGCAACCAUGUACAUUCCUUGUAGAGAAGAAAAGAAAAACGCUGAAAAUCCAAAUUUGGUUGAUUUUGAUAUUUGGUUCAUCCAACCAGAAAAACAUCAUCUUUGUUGAA